GCCCCGGCCCGUCAUGGCGGCGCCCAGCGCGGAGCGGGAGCGGCGGCGCUUCGGGCAGCGCCUCCUCACAGACCCCGCGCGGCUCUUCCAGCACAACGCCUGGGAUAAUGUGGAAUGGUCAGAAGAGCAGGAAUCCAGUGCCAGGAGUAAAGUUCAAGAGAACAGCUCCCAGCUAUUGCCACAGGAUAAACAAGCUUUUUUCAGUAAUGGACUUGUUGCUGUGCAGAGAUGGUUGAGGAAUUUCAUGUUAUUGGAAUGCAGUUGGGAUUUCUGGCCAUGGAUGUUUCCAGAGGAAUAUGAGGUGAAUGCUAAGAGAUAUUGGGAUGACUUCUAUAAAAUCCACGAAAAUGGCUUCUUCAAGGACAGGCACUGGCUGUUCACUGAAUUUCCUGAGCUGGCACCCAACAGGACCUCAAGCCAAAAUGGGGAUUCUCUGCAUGAAUUCAGUACCAAAGAAGAAUCCAACAGUGACGGGCUGGGAAGGUGUGAAAAUGGACACUGUUCUUUGGAAACCAGGACAGAGGGUCAGUUCAACCUGCUCCAAAGCACAGCUGAGGUGUGCACAGAGGACUUGGCUGCACAGGAGCACAGGGAGCUGACCCAGAGGGCUGGAGAUUACCCAGGAUCAGCUGCAUCUUACCGUGUGUUGGAGGUUGGCUGUGGGGCUGGGAAUACAGUCUUCCCAAUUUUACAAACCAACAAUGACCCAGGCCUGUUUGUUUAUUGCUGUGAUUUUUCUACAACAGCUGUGGAUCUUGUCCAGAACAAUGCAGAAUAUGAUUCCUCUCGCUGCUUUGCCUUUGUCCAUGACCUGUGCAACGACCAAAGUCCUUUCCCAAUGCCAGAGGAGAGUCUUGACAUUGUUAUUCUUAUCUUUGUCCUCUCAGCAAUUCUCCCAGAGAAGAUGCAGAGCGUUGUGAGCAGACUGAGCCGCCUCCUGAAGCCAGGGGGGAUGAUUUUGUUACGGGAUUACGGACGCUACGACCUGGCCCAGCUUCGGUUUAAGAAAGGUCAAUGUCUGUCUGAAAACUUCUAUGUGAGAGGUGAUGGCACCAGAGUCUACUUCUUCACACAAGAUGAAUUAAACCACCUCUUCACCACGGCUGGGCUGGAGAAGAUCCAGAACGUGGUGGACCGGCGGCUGCAGGUGAACCGUGGGAAGCAGAUGACGAUGUACCGGGUGUGGAUCCAGUGCAAGUACCGCAAACCCGGCACCCCCCGGGCCUGAGGCACGGCCUGGGCUGUGGGGCUGGAGCCUCUCCGUGCCCAGGGAGUGUCUCCUCCUGGUGAGACGUGGUUUGAUGGAGUCCUGCACACCCAGGACACCUCAGUGCCUCGGACAGUGCCUGGCGUCACUGCGAGUGAGCUCUGCCAAGGAUGAACGCCCUGAGAGUGGCCCGAGGGGUCUUUUAGGUGGCAUCAAAUAUACUGAGUUGGAAGGGAGCCAUCAAGAUCAUUGAGUCCAACUCCUGGCCCUGCACAAGACGCCCCAAGAAUCCCACCACGUGCCUGAAAGUG